CCCCUUCUUCUUCUUCGUCUUCGUCUUCGUCCUCUCUCUCUCUCUCUCUCGCUCUCUCUCUCUCUCUCUCUCUCUCUCCUCUGCGAUCGCCCCAACCCUAACUCUAUGGCGAGUGGCGGUAAUGGCGGAGGCGGCGCAAGUGGUGGGAAGGUCUCGUUUAAGAUCACCCUCACCUCCGAUCCGAAGCUCCCCUUCAAAGUCUUUAGCGUUCCAGAAGGGGCGCCCUUCACCGCCGUGCUAAAGUUCGCCGCGGAGGAGUUCAAGGUCCCGCCGCAAACCAGCGCCAUCAUCACCAACGAUGGUGUGGGCAUCAACCCACAGCAAAGUGCAGGUAAUGUGUUCUUGAAACAUGGAUCGGAGCUGCGUCUUAUACCUCGUGACCGAGUAGGAUCUUCCGCUGCAACUUCUUAGAUGUCAUUGUUAUAAUCUCAAAGAAUAUAAAGUCACCUUCUCAACAUCGGUGUCAAUAUAUUGUGCUGAAAUUAUUGUUGGAUGUGGAUGGGAUCUUCUCCCAAUAUUUAAGAGCAGGCAAGCAAUAAUCAUAUGAUAUUUAUCAUUUAUUAUAUGCUGUGAUCUUUUGAUAUACUAGUCGGUAACUUUAUGCAUAUGGUUCAUGCAAUAUUGGAACCCUAUGAUCUUCUCUGGUUAUUGUGUAAGUAUAUUUUCAGAUUCAAUAUAUAUAAAUGCUGCACAGUAAUUGAAACC